CGCACCCAACCACCCGCCAUGCCCGGCAUCGCAACCGCCCCCGUCCCGGCACCAGUCGCCGGCCCGUCCAAGUCGGCCGCAGCCUACAAGGCCCGCACGGGCUUUGCCCCGACCUCGUUCCGCACCCUCGACCGCGAGAAGGCCUUCUCGCACCCGUCGACCGACGCGCACAAGUACACGGCCGCCCAGGAGCUCGUCCAGCCCCACGUCGACUCGUUCAACGCUCUGUUCGAGGGCGCACCGAGGCCAGACGGCUCGCUCGACGGCAGCAAGGGCCUCCUCGACCUCGGCGUAAAGGACCUCUUGCCCAAAGUCGUCUACGACCACAAGGGCGACGAUGGCUCGCUCGGCAACCGUCUCGAGUUCAAGGUCCUCGAGGUGUCGGUGGGGCGCCCGACCGGCUUCAUGAAGGGCUCGCAGUCGCGGGAACGGAGGAUCUACCCGACCGAGGCGCGAGAGCGGUUAGCGACCUACGCCGGCCGCAUGACGGCCAAGGUCGCCUGGUCCGUCAACGGCGGGCCGACCCAGAUCGAGACUCGCGACCUCGGCAACCUCCCCAUCAUGGUCAAGUCGGCGCGGUGUCACCUGCGCAACCUGCCGCCAGCCGAGCUCGUCAAGCACCACGAGGAGGCCGAGGAGAUGGGCGGCUACUUCAUCAUCAACGGCAACGAGCGCCUCAUCCGGUUCCUCAUCGUCCCGCGCCGCAACCACGUCACGUCCAUCAUCCGCCCCUCGUUCGGCAACCGCGGCGCGGCCUACACGCAGUACGGCGUCGCCAUCCGCUCGGUGCGCGCCGACCAGACGUCGCAGACCAACACGCUCCACUACCUGUCGAACGGCGGCGCGACCUUGCGCUUCUCGUGGCGCAAGAGCGAGUACAUGAUCCCGGUCGUCAUGAUCCUCAAGGCGCUCACGGGCGCGACCGACAAGGAGAUAUUUCUCGGCAUCCUCCAGCAGGACUUUGACAACACGUUCGUCACGGACCGCGUCGAGCUCCUCCUGCGCGGCUUCAACAAGGCGUACGGCCUCUUUACGCGCGAGCAGUGCCUCGACUUUAUCGGCGACAAGUUCCGCGUCGUGCUCAACUGCCCCGAGGACUGGGACAACCUGCGCAUCGGCCAGCACAUGAUCGACACGAUCGUCCUCCCGCACCUCAAGGACCCGCGCGACAAGCUCCGCCUCCUCUUCUUCAUGUUGCGCAAGCUGUACGCGCUCGUCGGCGGCGAGUGCUGCGCCGACAACCCCGACUCGCCUCAGCACCAGGAGAUCCUCAUGCCCGGCUUCCUGUACGGCAUCAUCCUCAAGGAAAAGGUCGACGAGUUCCUCAACGCCGUCGCCGGCCAGAUGCGCCUCGACCUGCGCCUGCAGCAGCCCGGGACCGACCUCACCGACGCCAAGUACAUCGCCAAGACGGUCGCGCGCGUCAACGCCGACGUCGGCGCCAAGCUCGCCUACUUCCUCGCGACGGGCAACCUCGUGUCGCCGUCCGGCCUCGACCUGCAGCAGGCGUCGGGCUACACGAUCGUCGGCGAGAAGCUCAACUUUACGCGGUACAUCUCGCACUUCCGGUCGGUGCACCGCGGCGCCUUCUUCGCCGAGCUCAAGACGACGACGGUCCGCAAGCUCCUGCCCGAGGCGUGGGGCUUCCUGUGCCCGGUCCACACGCCCGACGGCUCGCCCUGUGGCCUCCUGAACCACUUUGCGCACAAGUGCCGCCUCGUCCACCAGCACCUGCACGUCGACCACGUCCCGGCCCUCCUGUCGUCGCUCGGCAUGCUCCAGCCGCUCGACCCGGCCAUCGACAGCCGCAAGCACGUCGUCGUGCAGCUCGACGGCCGCAUCGUCGGGUGGGCGACGCCGCUCCUCGCCAAGCAGCUCGCCGACGCCCUGCGCGUGUGGAAGACCGAGGGCGAGCACGACAUCCCGCUCGACCUCGAGAUCGGCCUCGUCCCGACGAGCCACGGCGGGCAGUACCCGGGCCUGUACCUGUUUGCGUCGCGCGCGCGCAUGAUGCGCGACGUCAAGCUCCUCGCCAACGGCAAGACCGACUCGGUCGGCCCGUUCGAGCAGGUGUACCUCGACAUUGCGUGCAUGAGCGAGGAGGUCGAGGAGGGCCUCACGUCGCACAUCGAGUUCUCGCCGACGCACGUCCUGUCGCUCCUCGCCAACCUGACGCCGUUCAGCGACUACAACCAGAGCCCGCGCAACAUGUACCAGUGCCAGAUGUCGAAGCAGACGAUGGGCACGCCCUCGACGGCGCUCCAGCACCGCACCGACAACAAGCUGUACCGCCUCCAGUCGGGCCAGACGCCCAUCGUGCGCCCGGACCUCCACAACACGUACGGCAUGGACGGCUACCCGAACGGCACCAACGCCAUCGUCGCCGUCAUCUCGUACACCGGGUACGACAUGGAGGACGCCAUGAUCCUCAACAAGUCGGCCCACGAGCGCGGGUUCGGCCACGGCUCGAUCUACAAGAGCCACAUUGUCGACCUCAAGACGGUCCGAGGCGACAAGGGCUCGGGUGGGCAGCCCGAGGUGCACUUUGGGCUCGGGCCCGACGUGCGCGCCGACGACGACAAGUGGGCCUCGGUCGACUCGGACGGCCUGCCGCUCGUCGGCUCGAGGGUCAAGUCGGGCACCGUCAUCGCCGCCUACUUUGACCGCACGGCGGGCAGGACCCGCGUCGAGAAGUACAAGGGCGACGAGGAGGCCUACAUCGACGAGGUCCGGCUCAUCGGCGACGACACGGCCGACGCUGCGCCCAAGAAGCUGCACAUCAAGCUGCGCGUCCCGCGUUCGCCCGUCAUCGGCGACAAGUUCUCGUCGCGCCACGGCCAGAAGGGCGUGUGCUCGCAAAAGUACCCGGCCGUCGACAUGCCCUUUACCGAGUCGGGCAUGCAGCCCGACGUCAUCAUCAACCCGCACGCGUUCCCGUCGCGCAUGACGAUCGGCAUGUUCGUCGAGUCGAUCGCGGCAAAGGCGGGCGCCAUGCACGGCCUCGCGCAGGACGGCACGCCGUUCAACUUUUCCGAGGACGACACGCCGCUCGAGUACUUUGGCGAGCAGCUGCGCUCGGCCGGGUACAACUACUACGGCAACGAGCCCAUGUACUCGGGCAUCACGGGCGAGGAGUUCCACGCCGACAUCUACAUCGGCGUCGUCUACUACCAGCGCCUGCGCCACAUGGUCGGCGACAAGUGGCAGGUGCGCACGACGGGCCCGCUCGACCAGACGACGCGCCAACCGGUCAAGGGCCGCAAGCGCGGCGGCGGCAUCCGGUUUGGCGAGAUGGAGCGCGACGCCCUGUUGGCGCACGGCACCUCGUUCCUCCUCCAGGACCGCCUCAUGAACUGCUCCGACUACUCGACGGCGUGGGUCUGCCGCGACUGCGGGUCCAUGAUCUCGCUCGGGUACGACCAGGUCGCGCUCGCGAGCUCGCUCGCCGGCGGCCACGGCGGGCGGCACCCGGGCCUCGAGCUCAACGCUGGUCCCGGCGGCGAGCACUGCCGAGUGUGCCGCGAUCGCGCCAUCGAGGAAUACGAGGCCGAGCAGGCGGCCGACGAGGCGCGAGCGGCGGCGGCGGCGUCCAAGUCCAAGGGCGGCAACAAGGCGAUGGCGGUCGCCAAGGAGGUCAAGGUCAAGGGCGGCGAGCUCGACGUCGUCGCUGUGCCGUUCGUCUUCCGCCUCCUCGUCGCCGAGCUCGCGGCGAUGGGCAUCCAGGUGUCGGUCGGCAUCGACUGAGGGAGGGCUCGCUGAGACAGCGGAGGGCAGGACCGGUCGCCUGCAACCCGAGCACGAUAGACACGC